GUGACUGUAACUGUAAACGAUAGAAGAAGAAAAGAAGGGAAAGAGAAAGAAAAGCAGCACUCCCUCGUCUGUUCGCUUUUCUCACUCACUUCCUCACCUCCCCCGUCUCUCUCUCUCCUUCACUCACUCACACUCUCUCUCUCUCUCUCGUUCACUACAAGAAAAGAAAAGCACCAUGAAGGAAAAGGAAGGACACUUCACCGGGCGCGUCGGAGUCGAGUGAAAGUUUGUCGAAGGACAGAGGAAGCAGGAGGACGUGGACGGGAAGGGUAUUGGUUCGAAUCAACUGCAAUACACGAAUGAAGCGAGCAAAUGGAGUUGUAAACUGUAUCAGAUUGUAAUACAGUGUUGCGAGUCGCCUGGUCGUUAAUGUGUGACUCAGAGCUGGGCGACUUUCAUACACACACACACACACACUCCUCUUCCUCCUCUCAAGUUCGUGUGGUCAUCACAGGAAUCGGAAAGGCUCCCUUUCAGAAGCGUGUGACAGCAGGGUGGCUCUGGUGUUACUGCAGCCAUGGCUGGGGCCAAACCAGGAGUGCAUGCGCUCCAGCUCAAACCGGUCUCCGUGCAUGAGACCCUCAAAGGGGGAAGCAAGUUUAUCAAAUGGGACGAGGAGCCUAACAGUGGCGUGUCCAGUCUGGUCACCCUGAAAGUAGAUCCUGAAGGAUUCUUCCUCUACUGGUCCAGUGGAUCAAAUGCGGAGGUCGAGGUUGUGGACAUGAGCCAUAUCAGAGACACCAGAACCGGGAAGUUUGCCAAGAUACCAAAGGAUUCACGUGUGCGUGAGGUGCUGGGCUUUGGAAAAAAAGAGGAGAAUCCAGAGGCUAAGCUAGUAACAGUCGUCUAUGGCAACGACCUGGUCAAUGUCUCCUUCCUUAACUUCCAGGCCAUGCAGGAGAACAUUGCCAAGGUGUGGACUGAAGAGCUGUUUAAACUCGCCACAAACAUACUCUCCCAAAACGCCUCACGCAACACCUUCUUAUUCAAGGCAUACACCAAGCUAACACUGCAGGUCACCCAAGAUGGGAAGAUCCCACUAAAGAACAUUCUAAAGAUGUUCUCUGACAAGAGGCGAGUGGAGACAGCGCUGGAGAAGUGCAACCUCAUGGCUAACAGGGCAGAAGGGAUCAAGCUGGAGGAGUUUACCUUGGAAAAGUUCCAGACCUUCCUGAACAACCUAUGCCUGAGGCCUGAGAUCGACCGCAUGUUUGUGGAGCUUGGCUCUAAAGGGAAGCCCUUUCUAUCUCUGGAUCAGAUGUUGGACUUUAUCAAUCGUAAGCAAAGGGACUCGCGGCUAAAUGAGGUGCUCUACCCACCCCUCAAGCGAGAGCAGGUACGGCAGCUCAUGGAAAAAUAUGAGACUAACGCCAGCCAACUGGAAAGAGACCAGAUCUCUCUAAUGAGUUUCAGUAAAUAUCUGGGAGGAGAGGAAAAUGCAGUUGUUCCCUCUGAGAGGUUUGACAUCAUGGACGAUAUGAACCAGCCGCUGUCUCAUUAUUUUAUCAACUCUUCGCACAACACCUACCUCACAGUGGGUCAGUUAACAGGUCUGUCCUCAGUGGAGAUGUACAGACAGGUUUUGCUCACCGGUUGCCGCUGUAUCGAGCUGGACUGCUGGAAAGGUCGUCCACCUGAUGAAGAGCCCGUUAUCACACACGGCUUCACCAUGACAACCGAAAUCCCCUUCAAGGAGGUGAUUGAAGCCAUUGCUGAGAGUGCUUUUAAGACCUCUCCUUACCCCCUCAUCCUCUCCUUCGAGAAUCAUGUUGACUCAGCACGGCAGCAGGCCAAGAUGGCGGAAUACUGCCGUUCCAUAUUCGGUGAUGCCUUGCUCAUCGAUCCUUUAGAGAAAUACCCGCUGCUUCCAGGUCAGCUACUGCCCAGUCCUCAGGAGCUGUUAGGAAAAAUCCUGAUAAAGAACAAGAAGAAGCAUCACCACCGCACAGCUAACGGAGGCAGCGUCAGACGCAAGGAGGGACCAGACGAGCAGGCCUCGUCCAUCAACGAUUUGUGUUUAGAUGCUCCAUUGCCUGAAGGGGAGACAAGCCAGAUCAUGUCCAAUGGGGGCGAGAAGCUUGCAGAGAGGAUGAGCAAAGACAUUGAUAUGCGCAAGUCCAUUGAUCGGGGAGACGGAGACAGUGAGGAAGAUGAGGAAGAGGAGCCAGUGACAGACCCCAAAAAGCACCAAUCGGACGAGGGAACAGCAUACAGUGAAGUCAAUGCUACAGAAGAGAUGUCCACGCUGGUCAACUACAUUGAACCAGUCAAAUUCAAAUCCUUCGAAGUGGCAGGCAAAAGGAACAAGUAUUUUGAAAUGUCAUCCUUUGUGGAGACCAAAGCCAUGGACACACUGAAGAAUUCCCCCAUUGAAUUUGUGGAAUACAAUAAGAAACAGCUGAGUCGGAUCUAUCCCAAAGGUACGCGUGUGGACUCCAGUAAUUACAUGCCUCAGCUCUUCUGGAAUGUAGGCUGCCAGAUGGUGGCACUGAACUUCCAGACUCUUGAUCUGCCCAUGCAGCUAAACAUGGGUGUGUUUGAGUACAACGGCCACAGCGGCUACUUACUCAAGCCUGAGUUUAUGAGGCGCACAGACAAACACUUCGACCCCUUCACUGAGAAUACAGUGGAUGGUAUUGUGGCUAACACUGUCAAGAUCAAGAUUGUGUCCGGUCAGUUUCUGACUGAUAAGAAGGUGGGUGUGUAUGUUGAGGUGGACAUGUUUGGACUGCCGACUGACACCAAGAGGAAGUACCGCACCAAAACCUCGAAUAACAACUCGAUGGACCCGGUGUGGGAGGAAGAGCCUUUCGUCUUUAUUAAGGUGGUGUUGCCUACACUAGCGUCACUAAGAGUAGCCGUCUUUGAAGAGAAUGGAAAGUUCAUAGGCCAUCGGAUCUUACCAGUAUUGGCUUUACGUCCAGGAUACCAUUACAUUAAUCUGAGGAAUGAGCUCAAUCAGCCACUCAUGCUUCCCUCUCUCCUUGUAUACACUGAAGUUCAGGACUACAUUCCCAAUGAGCACCUAGAGUAUGCUGAUGCUCUGACCAAUCCCAUCAAGCAUGUGCUGGAUCAGAGAGAGAGGCAGCUAGCUGUGUUCAUGGAGGACAGCAACGAGGUCAGUAAGCGAGUCCACAUAAAGCCAGAUGAAGGAGAGAAAUCCGAUUGCAGCACUGUAUCUAACGUUGAGUACCCGUUCACUUUGCCCGCACCAUCCCUCCCACCUGUGGUGGCUGAGGUACUGGCUCCUCCAGCCCAGAAAGAAGACCUAGUCCUCAAUAUAUUAACAGUGGUUGAGCCACAGUCCAUUGAAGAACUGAAGCAGAACAAGUCCUAUGUGAAGUUGUUAAAGAAACAGUGCAAAGAGCUGAAGGAGCUCCGCAAGAAGCACCUCAAAAAGGUGUGGGCUCUCAGUAAGGAGCAGAAGAUGAGGUGUAACCAGCUGAGCUCAGACAUCCAGAGACGCAAGAGUCAAGUGGAGAAAAAGCUGCGGCUCAGCGUAAAGAAGAAUGAGCCUCAGGAACCUGUGAGGACUGAACUGAGUGCUCUGGAGAUGGAGCUGGAGAAGCAGACAGUGCAGCUGAGAGAGUGGCAGAUGCAGGAGCUACUUGAACUGCGAAAAAAACAACACCAGCUGGAAAGAGAAAAGAAGUAUGCUCAUUUUGAAGAGUCAUUUAGGAAACUAAAAUCAGUUGCUGAGGAAUGCCAGAUUGCCCAGCUCAAGAAACUCAAGGAGAUAUGUGACAAAGAGAAGAAGGAGUUGCAGAAGAUUUUAGACAGAAAAAGGCAGAACAGUAUCAGUGAGGCCAAGAAAGGGGAUAAAGAGAAGGCAGAGUCGGAAGUGAAUGAGAUAAAUAAAAAACAUAUCCAGGACUCCGUGAACUCACUGCGCAAGUUGGAUGAAACUCAGGAGAAACGGCAGGAGAAGCUGAAGAACCAGCAGAGAGAAAUCUUACAGAAAAUCAACGAGGAGCAACCACUGCAACGGCUACGUUUGGAGCGCGACUGCGACGCCGAGCUCGAGCGCUUACCUGAGGAGAUCUGCCGCUACCUGCAGGGCGAGCUAGAGAGCAAAGGCCUGCGCAGCGAUGCCCUGUUCAGCCAACUACCCAAUCACGACAGUGCUGGCUCGGGCCCACCCUCCAACUGCAGCACGCCCCCUUUCAACUCGCCCAAUCACACCUCGAGCCUGGACGACAACUCGUCCUCCAGCACCGUCACGUCUGAAUCAGAGCUCACGGCCAUCUAAUUCCUCCCGUCUCAGUCUGUCCUAUCGUACCAUUCCCUCACUGGAUUACGGUGAUAGAAGUAGUAUUACUGAAAGGUGUAUAAAUGUUUUUAAAGGAUUUCAGUGAUGUUUAAUUUUUCACAUUCCCCCUUUUUUAAAGUCUGUUUUUUAUUGUUUUUUUUUUUUCUUUUAACGUUCUUUUGGAUUCUUCUCUUGUUUUAACCAUAAGAUAUACUCGUGUCUGUGUUAAACACUUGUGGAAUGGAGGGAAAGUUGUUAUUAUUGUUGUUCUUUUUAACAAGAGAGACUCUUAUUUAUUGCUGUGGUAUGAUACGAGGGAGAUGCGCACUUUAACUGUAGUGCUCUGCAUUGUCCUGAAGGUGGCAGUGUGGCUUUAGUGGUAGAAUGAGUUUAGUGACUCGGCGAUACAAAUGCAAGGUGUAAUCCGAAUGGUACUUGUUUACACAAUAAUGCACAGAUGGACAAUCCUAUAAGCCACCAGGCCAUCAUCUCUCCUCCCGACGGGACUAUAAAGUUAACUCCCACUGUAUAGUUCUACAGCAUCCAAAACACAUCAGCGUAAUUUGUGUGUGUGUGUGGAGCAAGAGAAAGAUUAUGGAUGUGAUGGAUGUUGGGUCUUCUUUCCAGUAAUGCACAGUUCCUCCUCCCCCUGUCUCCCCGUCCUCCUUUCUUCCCAUCUCUCCAUAUAUAUGGUCUCCCUCGCUCUCCUUCCCUACAGCUGUGUGGUGUGGCUUAUUCUAAUCCCUGCUCUAUUUCUGUGUCUAAUUGGUGUGCCAAUCCCAUGCACUGCACUCCCAAAACCACUACUGUUCAGGAAACUGGACAUGUUUUCUGUUGUUCGUCAAUUAUUCACACUCUUGAUGUGCUAAAUCCUGGCGCUUGGUUUAACAGAAUGUGAAGCUGAGAGAGAGAGAGUGUGGUAUCAGGGGUCAGGUGUAGCCAGACUAAUAGCCAUGCUACCGAAUGUACAGAAUGUGUGUAUACUUUUGUAGGGUUCGACUCGGUGUAUUUUCAAAUCGUGUUUUAGCUUGGGUCUCAAAUGGAUGGAUGUCUGAUUUUUCUGAGCUCUUAGUUCAUCUUUAUUAUGCUUUGUUCUUCUCGCUGGCAAUUCAAGGAGGCCCCGUAGAGGGCGGGUCAGAUUUCCUCAUUGGCCCUGUAAAUGAAAGCUGUGGAUCGGCCAAAUGACUUCUUAGUAUUGCACUUUUGGAUGGAGUGAAGUUGUUUACCCUGAACAGGAAAAAAUAAACCAGUAAGCUAUAGAAUCCUAAAUGCAGGGAGACAAAAUAUAGCAGCUUCAACACAGACAUUUAAAAAAAAACAAGAACAACGAAGGAUACAUUAAUCCAACAUGGGGCUGAUACUAGCAUGCAGCUAUGGAUUAGUACUGAAUCGUAUUUGACAUAAUUUCCAAUCUGUUCCGCUCGGAUUGACUCUGUGCUCCUUCACGCCUCGUUGUGCUUUGCAUCACAGUGCAACAGAUUUCUCUUUUCAGAAGAUCAGAUUGGUUAGAAAUUGACGUGAAAAUAAAAUCUGGGACAGUUGCGUCCUUAUGGGAAACCUUUUGGACAUUUUAAACUAGGACCAACAAUAUGUUGGUUCUAGUCUGUCUCAUACUAGUCCGUGCUUUGCACAUAUCCCUCCAUCUUGUCCUCAGUGUCUCUGUUGGUUAGCAGGAAGUGCGUAUGCGUUCUGACUCAUGGACGCAUGGCCGAGUUCCAGCGAGCUCUCUAGGCUGACACUUCCACUCAACCCACUGUACCAAAGGCAAAAAACCAUGCUGUUCCAUUGCUUUUUAAUCACAGUCUAAUGAGCUCUUGUAACACAGUGACGCGCUGAGUGUGAUAUGGGCCCUGAUGGGGUACUUGCACACUUCAUUAUGAGAGAAUGAUCAGACAUUAUAGCAUGUGUGAUUCUAAGCAGGGGCGGCACGGUGAUGUAGUGGUUAGCACUGUCGCCUCACAGCAAGAAGGUCCUGGGUUCGAGCCCAGCGGCCGACGAGGGCCUUUCUGUGCGGAGUUUGCAUGUUCUCCCCGUGUCCGUGUGGGUUUCCUCCGGGUGCUCCGGUUUCCCCCACAGUCCAAAGACAUGCAGGUUAGGAUAAUUGGUGACUCUAAAUUCACCAUAGGUGUGAAUGGUUGUCUGUGUCUAUGUGUCAGCCCUGUGAUGACCUGGCAACUUGUCCAGGGUGUACCCUGCCUUUCGCCCGUAGUCAGCUGGGAUAGGCUGCAGCUUGCCUGCAACCCUGUAGAACAGGAUAAAGCGGCUACAGAUGAUGGAUGGAUGAUUCUAAGCGGUAGUAUGUGUGGUUAGUGUUAAGAGCUAUUACCUGAUUGCGGUGGCAAAUUAUUGUUAAUACACAAUGUGGCUGUAGGCAACGCAGAGCUGGGACGGUACAGACAUUACCAGCUCACACAGAGAGGGGAAAACUUAGAUUUUGUCACAGCUUAUUGUAAAUUUAGAAUAAUAUAGGGUGUGUGUGUGUGUGUGUGUGUGUGUGUGAGAGAGAUAGAGAGAGAGGGGAUGUAUGUCUGAUGUAUGAGGAUGCAGUGGAGCGCUUGAGCUCUACAGACCACCUGAGGUCUUCAUCGUGUUCGUAUAAAGUGUUUAAAGCUUUAAACUUCUCAACAGGAGCAAUGGUACUUCUUAUAAAGUGCUGUCUAAUGACAUACGAUGAAGAUCGUUGUUGUACAUGUUGAUACUAUCAAAAAAAAAAAGACUUUGAUUUGUGUAUAUGAUAUAUGAACUAGACCAGUAAUAGUGAAUUAUCAACAAGUACAGUGUGUCUGGAUCGUAUUAAUCAGACGUAUGUAGUUUUAUGUGUAUUCUACUACUGACUAGAGUUGGAGUUGAGGUCACGUCAGCCGUGUGUGAUCUCGUGCGUGUGUUUUUGCGCAUGAUUAGAAAUUUCACGGGACGUAAAAGAUGUCCGACAUCUAUGGGUUUGUCCCUGAGUUUCCGCACAGACGCGUACACAAGCGCACACGUACUCGGAUCAUUUCCUCAACCCCUCAAACUGUCGUCUGCUGCCUGUCUGUCUGUCUAAGCAGAAAAACACCUCGUUAUGAGCACUCGAACAUGCUCAUUGAACUGUUUUAUUAUUUUACACGUUUUAUCUCCAGUCGUAUGUGGCACAGUCCUGUAAACCCGGUCCUCACUUCACCUCACCUCUGUAUUUAACUAUGCUAGUGACACUAAAGUGAGCAUGUUUUUCUAAUCAAGUGAGGGCCUUGUAAAUCUUUUACAUUUUCCUAUUUUAUGACAAUUCCCUAAAAUCAUUCAUACUCGUAUUUGCAUAUUUACCCAUGUCCUCAUUGGUGCACUAUUAUUUUUUUCUUUUCUUUUUUUUUUUUUAAAUACACCUAUGUAUUAGAAUGAUAUUCUGAGCAGAUUUUUAGAUUGAUCCUUGAGAUCCAGGUACAGUAGUCGGUACAGUAUGCAAGUUAAAGUAAAUAUUUAAGUUUUAAUAUUGCCCAAUGAUUACUUACUUUUCUUAAAGAGAGAGUAGGGGUUGAGUAAUACUGUGGCAUUAUUCCUGUUCGCUCAACAUGGGAUUUAGUGCCACAGUACAUUCAGCUUGAAUGGUGGAUAUAAACAUUUUGCCAAGGGCUAAUGUUAUUUUAUUUCAAGUCGCAGCUUUAACCAAGUAUAUGUGGUAUUUGUCUGGGUUUUUUUUUUUUUUUUUGCUUUUCCAUUACUCUUUUCUUUUUGUAUCCUUACUGAAACACUGUAUGUAGAGAAAGUACUGCUCUUGCCUUGUGAAAGGGAAAAUCAUUACUCUGGAUGUAAUUUUUAUUGCUUUGAUAAAUGACACACUUAACUGUACAUUCAAUAAAUAAAUAUCAACUUUUGUCAAGACAUUUAA